AUGUCAUCCCCGCUCAUUCAGCUCGCGCUCAAGAACUCGAUCGGCUCCAAGAUGAUCGGCUUCAUGGUCAGCGCCAUCAUCGACAGCAUGCUCAUGGGCGUCGUCAUCGUCCAGGCCGUGUCGUACUGCCGCUACGCCCGGACCGACAAGAAACACAUUGUCGCCAUAGUUGCUAUGACCAUUGCGUCAACUGUCAUAGCGACCGUCUUCCUGGUCAUGUGGGUCACACACCUGUUCGUAUGGAAUUUCGGCGACUAUAUCCCCUUCACCGAAGUCCCUUAUGUCAUCCGAGAAUUUGCGAUCGGGAUGGCCACAGUGGUCCUUGUUCAGACCUUCUACAUCGACCGCGCUUGCAGACUCUACCAGCACUGGUGGCCCGCCAUGCUUCUUGGUCCUUUCGUUGGAGCCACCUUCUCCCUCGGAAUCGCCACUCUUCGGACCGUCACGAGAAAGUACGACCGCAUGUCCCCCACUGUCUUUGAGGAUCCCGAUGUCGCUGUGCUCGCGUAUAGCUGGCUCGGCUUUGUCCUCGCCUCGGACCUGCUCAUCACCCUCCUGGUAGCAAACGGGCUUCGACGAGUCAAGACCGGGUGGUCGCAUACCGACUCGGUGCUUCGGCGGCUCAUCAUUCUGUGCUUCGAGACUCAGACGCCUGCGCUCAUCAGCUCGGCUGCUACCCUUAUCGCCUGGCAGAGACGGUAUGAUAUCGGCCUGAUCUUCGUCUCUAUCCAGUCCAAGAUCUACACCGUCGGUCUUCUCACCACCCUCAACUUUCGCGGUACCUCGGCCAACUCAACCAGCUCGGGGUCAUACGGUUCCAAGCCGCCCGAUCAAUCACACCCCAUGCAUAUCCUCUCACACUCGCACUCGCUCUCUCAGGCCCAGGCUCAAGCCCACCUCGCUACUGAGAAACACGCGCAUCGACGACACGAUGUUGAAAUGGAGAGCGCGCAGGAUGAGGCGGAGUAUGCGUCUACGACGGCGCUGAGGCGGUGA